AUGGCGAACAAAUCCACGGCAGUUAUCUCGUCCAACAGUUGUGGAGGUGGGUCAGUAUUGGCGAUCUUCUCGAUAAAUAUCAAUGCCGUAAGCAUGGACACGGAUGGUACCGUUUUGGCCCUGAAAGAAUCACGCGCCCCCCCCCCUCCCCCGUUAGGCGGAAUUUCACACGGAUCCCAUUUUGCCACUCGCAGUCAGGUGCUACUACGGCCGAGAAGCAUAUCCCACGCAAGGUUGGUCGAAAAUUCCGGACUCUUGCCAGUCCGGCAUCAAACCGAGAUCUUGUUGGUCGAAAGUCUAGACCCAACAGACAAUCAUGACCUAGUAUUGGCCGAAUGCCGGUUGCCAAUGCCGCAUCCAGAAGGCGUCAGAAUUUCCAGAAAGUUGCCACCGCUUACACUAUAUGUAUGA